UGUCAGAGUUUAGUGUCUCCACCAGGCUCUCAGGUCAUCGGUCCUGCAACAGUUUGUCUUCCCAUCUCUACACUUAAACCUCAGGCAAAAUGGAGGCCAUCAAAAAGAAGAUGCUUAUGCUGAAGUUGGACAAGGAGAACGCACUGGACCAGGCUGAACAAGCUGAAGCAGACAAGAAAGCAGCCGAAGACAGAAGCAAACUGCAUGAAGAUGAAAUUCUGCAAAUGCAAAAGAAGCUGAAAGGAACAGAGGAUGAGCUUGAUAAAUACUCUGAAGCCCUGAAGGACGCUCAGGAGAAGCUUGAGGUGGCCGACAAGAAGGCUGCUGAUGCUGAGGCAGAAGUGGCUUCUCUGAACAGACGGAUCCAGCUGGUGGAGGAGGAGUUGGACCGAGCUCAGGAGAGACUGGCGACGGCUCUGCAGAAGCUGGAGGAGGCUGAGAAGGCUGCUGAUGAGAGCGAGAGAGGUAUGAAGGUGAUAGAGAACCGGGCUCUAAAGGAUGAAGAGAAGAUGGAGCUUCAGGAGAUCCAGCUGAAGGAGGCCAAACACAUCGCAGAGGAGGCCGACCGCAAGUACGAGGAGGUGGCUCGUAAGCUGGUGAUUGUAGAAGCAGAGUUGGAACGUACAGAGGAGAGGGCCGAGCUGGCCGAGGCAAAAUGCGCAGAACUGGAAGAGGAACUGAAGAACGUCACCAACAACCUCAAGUCUCUGGAGGCCCAGGCGGAGAAGUACUCACAAAAGGAGGACAAGUAUGAGGAAGAGAUCAAGAUCCUGACUGACAAGCUGAAAGAGGCUGAGACCCGAGCUGAGUUUGCUGAGAGAUCUGUGGCCAAGCUGGAGAAGACAAUCGAUGAUCUGGAAGAUGAGCUGUAUGCACAGAAACUCAAGUACAAAGCCAUCAGUGAGGAACUGGACCACGCCCUCAACGACAUGACCUCUAUCUAACCAUCCAGAAGCUCCAGCACCCUGUCAGGCUGUGGUUUCACUGCUCAACAUCAUCUCUUGGCUCCGUCUAUCCUCAUUCCUCAACUGGUGAACUGUUGAAAUGUGCCUCUUGUACUUUGUUUUUAGCCCUCUCUUAACUUAUCUGGUGAACCUGCUCCUUUUCAGUUGUCUUCUAAUAGCAAUUGUUCAUUGUAUGUUCUCUGUUUAAGGAUGUUGUUUGUCUGAUUUCACUCUUCAUUGUACUUCUGUAUCAACUCUGUUCUGUAGCAGAGUUCAACAAGAGAGAAGAAAGCUUGACUUCAUGAA